CCAAACACGGCUCAGCUGUCGAUGUAUCGGGAUGCAUCGAAGUAUCGAGUUGGCAUAAAAGAAUCUGGUCUUCGUGUCGUGUUAUUCAUUCCUUAAUUGCGCCUUGCUUUAAUUUGUGGAUUUCUUCACUUUGUCGUUCGAGUAUUCAUUUUAACGACCACAAUGAAUCGGCAGGCGAAAUUCCUAGUCUUGUGCCUCUUUGUUGGCCUCUUCUCCGCGAAUCUGUGCGACGAAGCGGUAACCACGCCGGUGCCAAUAGACACCACCACGCCGGUCGCCAAGAACACCACAAGUCCGCCGGACACAACCACCCCUGUGACGACACCGUCGACCACAACAACGAGCACCACAACUGAGAAGACCACGGCGACGCCACCAAUCACCACAUCGACUGAGAAGCCCACGACAACCACGCCGUCUAGCAACACCACCACCACCAGCACCACUCCGGCCAGCACCACCAGUAGCAGCACCACUCCGGCCACGACCACCACCACGCCUGCUACCACAACUACGACCACUCCGUCUCCGAACUCGACCACAACUACGCCGCCACCACACACAUCAACCACUCCGGCGCCGAAGCCCGUGCCGUGCGGCCAUUUUGAUGGAUCCUCGUUCAUUGGCGGGAUUGUGCUGACUCUGGGCCUGCUGGCCAUCGGCUUGGUGGCCUACAAGUUCUACAAGGCCCGCAACGAGCGCAACUACCACACCCUUUGAGCCGCCACCGCCUUUACGUCGGCCUUCAAUGCGGCAGCCGGAGCUGCGGCGGCCAGCAGCAGCGCCGCAUCCACGGAUGCGGAGCGUGUGCGGUUUGUCCAGCCUUCGAUACCGCUGAGGUCGCCGCCAACGCAGCCGCCGCCACCACCACCCGCCCACAUGGGUGGCAGUGGUGGUGGUGCGGCUGCAGCUCCACAAAACUGCUCGCCAUCGGCCCGUGAUCGGUUGCUGCAUACAUAAUUUAAACGCGGGGAACCACACAAUAUUACCCAAUAUAAUUAAUAUCCAAAGAGAUACCCCCGAUACCCCGAUUCCCCAACAAAAAACACACAGAGAAAACGGCAGUCAAGUAAAGUCAGUUCUUAAAUUGAAACGAUAACCCCCUGAGCGGAUUUAAUGCGGGCCGAGAUAGAAGGAGCAGGCUCUACAUUCUUGAAUACUUUUCUUAUCACUUCACACACAGUUACAUACUACACACUCUGAAAAGAAAUCAAAUAUUUUUCCUUUUAUGCAUUGCAUCCAUAUGUAAGGGAACGUUUUUUGCAAACAUCAGUUUAUCAGCAACUUGAGCGGAUGUUCAACGCCUUAUUGAGGAGUCCGAGGAGCCGCCUGUUACCGGGUUUCCAAGGGCGACCAUGAACCGACAAAUGAGUAAUGAGAUCGAAACGAUACGAACCGAGAGGAGUAAGAACAAAUAACAGCAAAUAUGUGAGACUGCUUGAUAGCGAGAGAGUGAACAGAUCAGAAAAUGGAAAGCGGCUGGCGACGGCUUUGUUUCUGUAAUUCAUAGAGCUACGAAAAGGAAUAUAAAUUUUGAUUAUAUUUACACAAUUUUUGAAUAACUAAAAUCAAUUCAUUCUAGGAACUAAGAAUAUAUACUACCUAAACUCGAGCUAUACACAA